AUGUUAGUUGUUGGUGGUAUUGAUCGUGUUUAUGAAAUUGGUCGAGUAUUUCGUAAUGAAGGAAUUGAUAUGACACAUAAUCCCGAAUUUACAAUAUGUGAAUUUUAUAUGGCUUAUGCUGAUUAUAAUGAUUUAAUGGAUAUAACAGAAAAAUUAAUAUCUGGUACGAGAAAAAAAGAAAAACAAUACUUUGAUCUUUUUCAAAGAUUGAAUUAUUUAUUUUCAAUUAUUGAUGAUAUUUUAUCUUGUAACAAUCUUUGUUUUUGUCUUAUUGAAAUUAAGUACAAUUGAGAAAAAUAGCGAUUUUAUUUAAAAAUCAUUCUUUUCUUAUUUUUAUUACAUUAUAGUAAAAAUUCUUUUCUUUAUUAAAUUUACUUUAACUUUUAGAAUAGAUUUCGUCAGAUAUUCUAAAUUCAUUUUAUUCAAAAUGACUGAAAUACUUUUUUUUUUUUU